GUGUAAACCAAUAGCCCACAUUUUUUGUACAACCUUCGAAAUGUUUAAUGUUCUUGAUGUCGUCCAGCAAGUUGUCUUGCAGAAAGCAUAUGAUUUAACGUGUGAAGCAGCCAUUCUGGCCUUAAGAAAAUGUGGCAAUUUGAGAAUAGAGGAUGAUAAGUCCAAAGUAAAGAAAGGAAGUCAAUUGCCUGACCCCCCUGUCAAGCCAAUUUCCCAGGACGUGGUUUCACCUCUAAAGAUACCUCCGCCUCCAGAGAUUAACAGAAGCCUCAAAUAUGUGGGACGGGACAUGCCGCGAAAGAAUUACGGCUCCAUCGAUCCUCCCCAAUGCUCUUGCAUGCGCGUGUGCCGGGAUAGCUACUUCUCCUAAACAAACAACAUCAUCCACAUAUUAAAAACAAUUGCAACUUUAAUAGAAUAGGAAAUAGCAAAAUUUCAAGGAGCAUCUGACAACAAAUCACAUUCCGUUUUGUGUCCGUACAAUUAUCAAAUGUAACACUAAUAACAGUUUUUGGUAGCAACUAA